GAAAACCAUCCGCAGCGUUAAUCAUAAUUAAUAUCGAGUUAUUGGAUUUAUGAUUUAUGGAGAUUUAAAAAAUGAAUAUAAUCUUUAUAUGGCUGCAGUGUUGGCUGGAUUCGGGAAUAUAUGCGGGACUCUCCCAGAUUUUUGAACCGAAAAUGUUCGGAUGGUACCCAAUGGUUUGGACCGCUCGCCGACAAGCAUUGACCCAUCCCUUGCAUACGCAAAGUAUUACAACACGAAAGAAAAAAAAGGUUAGACAGAAGUCUGAUCCUAAUUACGGCUAUGAGCCUUAUUGGGAAGGAUAUGGGGAAAAGUUGGUAGAGAAAGAAAAAAAAACGGGAGAAGAUUUUGCUUGUGGAGAAGAGUGUCAUCUUAUGUUUGUAGAAUAUGGAGAAGUCUGCGGUAGGGGAAAAAAUUACACCCACAAAACGUUUGAGAACUACUGCCAGUUGUUGAACCAUGACUGUAGCGGACGUGAAAAGUGGAUGAUUGCAUAUCGCGGGCCGUGCCAGAAUGGCACUUUAAAAACCUACCCGACGAAGCGUGCAGACUUCAUUGAUAGAGCAAAGAAGUAUCAAACCGAAUUUUAUAGGAAGAAUCCCACUACAGUCAAAUUUGUAAUAAAAAAAACGUUACCAUAUCGUUCGUUUACAACACGAUCGUAGAAUGAAAUGUAUCCUGAACGAUGCCACAAAUAAAGUGUUUAUCGAAA